UUUAGGAAGGUGUAUAUCACAUAUUAUCAAAUGUUCAGCGAUAUACAACUACAAAAAAAUAUCCCACCGUUUUACAAAGGAGGUAGGGAGAGUCAUACAAAUGAGAGAAAAGCAAGGUUCGACAUUUAAUCAAAAUAGAAUUUGCAGAAUUCUUUCACAAGGCUAAAUAGAUAAACGAAUUAAUAAAUAAAAUAAUAAAGUCACAAUUUCAUAAGGCUAAGGACAUCACGUGUUACAAAUUGGAUUUGUUUUCAGUGGAUGCAAAAGGUAUCAAAUAUGGGAAGGGGUGAGUGAUAAGGUCAUAGUAUAUAUUAGCUACAUGAUUGGCAGGUCGAUAAUGUAUACAAAAUAUAUUUUCGUCAUUGCACACACGUGUGCCUGUCUCCUUGUGUGCAUUAAUUCAACGAUGUUUUGUAUACAUCAUAUUGUGUCAUCAUGAAACUACAGUGAAAAUUCCCUAAACUGGCCAACUCUCGGACAGAAAGAAACCCCGACCGGUGUAGAUGGAUGGCCGGUUUACCGAAAAGUUAUUUAGAUAAAUUCAAUGUUCACUAAACUUCUUCAUAUCACGAACCACGAACCAUAUAUUUUAUAUAAUUAUAUUUUGUUUCAAGAACUUAUUUUACGCUUGCAUAUAAAACAAAAUAAAUGACCAACAUUUUUGUUUCCAACACAAGAAGUAUGAUUACAGCAAUUAACACAGAAAGUAGGCACUGUUCACUUUGAUCUGGGGAUCUAUGGAUGGAUGUCAAAUCCACUUGUAUUAGAAAUAUUCUCGUUGAAAUCAUCUAAUCUUAAAUUGAAAACCUAUUACAGAAUGCAAUAUUGGCAUUACUCUUACCAAUAAAAACUCUUUUUUUUCUUUAUUUUCUUUAUUUUUGUUUAUCGUUUAUAUCAUUAACAAAUUUGUUUGGACGUUUGUGAAAAAUUACAAUUUGAAUAGUUCUUUGGAAUUUUAUGUUUAUUGAAACCAAGACAAUUUACACAUAUUUUGAUAAGUAUCAUUAACAGUCAUGGGCUUGUUCUUAAUUCACUUUCGCUUAUAUCCAUACGAGAGUCCAACAAUAUGGAAUUUGAUACUGUGUUAAAUAUGUACAUUAUACAUUAUUGUGAUUUAACCACUAGAGGUUAAAUCCAUUUAUCAAAGUGAUACAGAGCUUUUAUUUAUUUUUCAUUACUGUUCUAUUUUCCGGCAUCCCAAGGGCACCACCCCGGGUUCUUAGAGUCAUCCACGUCACGAUUUUCGGGAUAUUAGCCCAGCACAGCAAAACAUGUGACGUCAUACACAAAGCCGUCAGUCGUCUGCAAACAAAAAUCAAGGUAAGACGUGUUUGAGAUUUCUCCGAUUAAAAUUUAUAACACUCAAUUAUUCAUUUAAACUAUUUUCUUUACCAUUUUCUCGUGCUAUGUGGUAGCAUUCUUUAAAGGUAAUCGUACCAUUUAAACUCUCUGAUGGCCACAGAAUUUGCAAAUUUCACUCGGAUUAAACUAUUCAUUUUUUGGCGUCUACAAGUGGCUCAAAUCUUCAACUUCCAAUUUUCCCAUCCCGCGACAUAUAGGUUAUUAAUUAAUUUCAUUAGUUUCUUGUCAACGAGCAAUAUUAACAAUGCCAAAGAGGAAGGACCAACAACCCAUGCCCGCAGUUAAGUCGAGGAGGCGUCCUAAGGGUACUGAUGGAUCGGACAACGCUACCUUAGUUCCCGCCCCAAGUCAACUAGCAAGAGAACCAUCAAACACGGGGCCCCAGAUCCCAACAACGCCAUUUACCAAUAAGCAGUUGCUUCAGGUGUCGCAAGGCGUGGCAGACAUAUCCAGGCAGUCUCAAUGCAUGCCCAUAGAACCCCUCCUGCCAAGCAUGCCUGCAGAUGAGCCGAGUACAGAUAAAGAAUACCAAGGCGUACCAGUAUACCACAAACUUCAUCUUUCUUCAAAUCACGACCGGAUAUGUACGACCACGAACAAGAAGUGAUACAUUGGUGUAAUAAAUAGAAAGGGACUUGGCAGAAAGCUAGAAGAACAAGAAUACACCAACCAGGAGUAAGAUAUGCAAAUUAGUUUUUGUUAUCAAGAGAUGUAUUACAAUACGAUCUACAGAAUAUGAAAUUGUGAACGAUA